AUGGAGUUAAGACCGCCGUAUUUUAGCAGGUUUAUUAGAGUGAGUAGUGAAAGUGUACAGAGAACAGGCCGAUUCAGCAUGGUACAGAAAUGGUAUCACACGAUCACAUCACGGUUGAUUACCACGAUGUUUUUGACAGUGCUAAUGAUAUGUGCUAUCUGGCAUAACUUCCUCACGUCGCAUAUAUUUAAACGGAAACAGCGGGUGGUGUUAGAUCCUCGAGAUACACGUCCAGCAAAUGUGAUCACACCGCAAACGACCAGCCAUUCUCAUAUGAUGCAUCGACACACACAGUCAUUCAGUUCAUCUGCACCCAUUGAGGUUGAUGUGGAAGUGGAUGAUGUGAAUAAUAUUGAAUAUGAUCGGACUAUCACAAGGCGCAUUAAAGCCAGAGACACAGAUUUCAAUCCCUUUGCAGAUGUACUGUCUGGAGAAGAUUUGAAACUUGUGCCAAACCUUCAAUACUACUACUCACAAUACAAUAUUGUAGUGGACGAGUAUGAGGUCACAACAAAGGAUGGAUUUGUCCUAGAGCUUUGGCAUCUUAGAAAAAAAGAUGAAUCUGAAUUUAAUGACAGAUAUCCUAUUCUUAUGUUGCAUGGUCUUUUACAAAGUAGUGGUUCCUUUGCCUCGGCCGGCAGGAAAUCCUUGGCAUAUUAUGUACAUGACUCAGGAUACGAUGUUUGGUUGGGCAACAACCGUUGUGGGUUCAAGUCUAAAUGGGAUAGAGAAAAGCUUGCUCCAAACGGGGAGUGGGAUUGGGAUUUGAAUACCAUGACAAGAUAUGACUUAGAAACUCUUGUUGAUGCUGUUCUCGAGAAGAAGCAACAUAAAUUUGAAAAGCUAUCAUUGAUAGCCCAUUCUCAGGGAACAACACAGGCAUUCAUGGGUCUUGUAAAUGAGGACGAUAUUUACAAGGACACGGAUUUCAGAUUAAGCAGUAAAUUGGACAAUUUCGUUGCUUUGGCUCCAGCAGUUUAUCCUGGACCUUUGUUGGACGAAAAGUUGUUCGUUAAAUUCAUGGCAAAACAUAUAGAUAACAAGUGGGUUUUUGGUGAUAAAUCUUUCGUUCCAUUGAUGAUGGAAAUGAGGGACAUCAUGGCUGGUCACAAAAUCUUUUCCUUUUUAUCAUAUGUGAUGUUCAACUUUUUAUUCAACUGGAACGACAUUUUAUGGGAUAGACCACUUCGGGAUAGACAUUUUCUUUUCUCACCAGUUCAUAUAUCAGUGAAACUCAUGCAAUGGUGGCUCAGUUUGGAUCCUCUGAAGUCAAGUUUUAAAACUUUUGCUGAAGAUAUGUUCCCGGAUGUCAAGACAUGGUUCCCAGUUCACUCUGAAAGCACCAGCAUGGAUGAACAUCUACAUAAGAAUGAACAUAAGCCCGUCACCCAAGACUGGCCCAAAAUUCUGUUAUUUAUACCAAGACAGGAUAGACUUGUUGACGGUGAACGACUCAUCAACCAUUUCAUUAAUCACGAACCCCAUUCCAUUUUCAAGAUUUGGUAUAUCGACGAAUACUCACACCUAGAUGUUCUAUGGGCUGGAGAUGUGAUUGAAAGAAUCGGUAAACCAAUGCUCGAAAACAUGUACUUCCCAGAACAGCAUUCAGCAACAAACUAA